AUGCGCACUUGGUCCAUUCGUGAGACACCUCGACAGCCACUCACCUUGCCUUGGUCAAGUGCCAGGCACAAAGUAUAUGACCUCAAACCAUGGUCCUCGCCUCCCACCGUCCCGUGCAAUACACCCACCUCCUGACCUCACCACUUUCAUAGGCACCAGCGUCUUUGUUCAACAUCACCUACAAAAUGGCGCCCGAACCCGCUUCCGCCAUGGCUGGCCAGGCUCGUAUGCGUGUCGAAGAAACUGAACAAGAGCACAUUACCAGAGAGAACUCGGGUUUUGCCGCAUUUGAAGCAGAUAUGCCUAAACUCGCCAACCGAUUCAGCUUUUCCCUCAAGGACAACCUUUCCUCCUACCUUGGUCGCAAGAACCCUUUCUUCACCAACGUAAACCCAGACACCGACUAUGUAUGGAUUCUGGAUACGACUGCCUACCAGAAUCGCUUAGGAAGGUGGAAGGCGGAACUUGUUGCUGCCUACUUUGUCAAGAAUAGCGGCAAGGACAUCUCCCAGCUCGUUGCAUGGGUCAGCGAGAAAAUCGGCCUUGCAGACGACGAACAGGCUAGAGCAACAGUCGCCCAGAGGCUCCAGCCCUUUGCGGACGCAAUUCUUCCAGCGCACGCUGUUGAAAUUGACCUCAAUGGUCUCAAAACCAGAUUAGGACCCAGCGGCCGCGACGGUAUCAGCUCAGACGAGUUGGCCAUUCCCGGAACCGAUUAUAAGGACGGCCAGGUCAACAAGUUCCAGGCCGUCAAUGCUGAGGCGACGUCAUUCAAUAUUACCUUCGCAAAACCCAAGGGAUGGGCCGUCCUUUCCGAUAUCGACGAUACAAUCAAGAAGACCCUGACAUCGUCACCUGUCGGUAUCUUGACCACCACAUUCGCAGAGCAGCCAGAGCCGAUCAAGGGCAUGCCGGAGUUGUAUAGGCAUAUGGCGCAAAAGCUCGACAAUCCGCCCUUCUGGUAUCUCUCCGCAUCCCCAUACAACCUCUACCCGUUCUUGCGCAACUUCCGCGAGCAAUACUACCCCAAUGGUACCAUGAUCUUACGCGACGCUAGCUGGAUGAACUUGGCUGGCUUCCUCGCAAACUUGACGCAAGGUACCCAAGCUUACAAGGUUGACCGCAUUGAAAAGGUUCAUGGCUGGUUUCCCAAGCGGAAGUUCAUCCUUAUCGGUGACUCGACCCAAACAGACCCUGAAUCGUAUGGCGAAGCGUACCGCAAGUUUGGCAAGAGCUGGAUCGGUGCUAUCUACAUUCGUAAGGUAACGGGCGUUGCGGAAAUGGACGAAGGCAAAAAGAAUUGCCCAGAAAGAUUCGAGAAGGCCUUCAAGGGUGUUCCCAAGGAGGUCUGGUACGUCUUUGAGGAAGCACAGGAACUGUACGCGAAGAUCGAUGCUUUGCCUAAGAUCGAAUAAGAGGCGAAUGCUUCAGUGUAUGACGAGCAAGUUUCAGUUUGAAGGAUAAUCGAGGAGCUUUUGGCGCAUCUCGUUUUGCAUGGUACCUGGCCAGCUGGCUAUUUUGAUACAUGCAGGGACAUACCACGGAGUACGGAGUACAAUUUCAUUUUUCCCUUUUUCCAUAGUCAAACAACGCGAUACCCAAUAUUUUCCCAAUCUCAUUUCUCUUGCCUCUUAAUCCUGCUAGCCAUUGUCUAUAACAUGUG